AUGGCUUCUGCUGAGUUGGCUGGGGUAAGUGGUGCGGCUCGCCCUCUGAUGAAGCUCAUCACCAUGAGUGGUAUUCCAAUCCUGCAACAGCUGCAUUUGGAGGAGCAACUUCUCCGCUGCACAGCGGACAACUGGUGUGUCAUCAACGACGGCACAGCCCCUCCUACCAUUGUCAUGGGCGUGUCCGGGUAUAAACUGAACUCUUCUUGUACUUCGUCAGGAAGGAUGAUUCAAGCAUGCAUUGGCCUCCCUGUGGACCAUGUUGAGUUGUUGAUUCACUUUUUCGUGACGACAGGAGAGUCUCAGAUACAGGCAGUCCUUCGGGACCAGGUGCCUGUCGUGAGGAGGUUCAGUGGAGGUGGCACCGUCAUUGGGAACGAUAUUUGUGACCUUCAUUUGCAACAAGAGUGA